AUGCUUGGUUCGCACAUACACGAACAUAAGCUAACUGUACGACGGAAUGACGCAUUAUCACAAGUGGCUGCCCACACCUGCGAGAAGGGUCACGAAUUUAACUUCGCAGCCGCGAAGAUAAUCGCCCACGUCGACAACAAGACAAGCCGAGAAUUGAUUGAAGCCUGGGCCUCGGAUGAGGAAACAGUCAAUCGAUUUCUUGACCCAGCACCGGCAUGCAUCGCCCUGCGUAGGCGUCUCCGUCCUGAAGUCACUGAUGAUUAA